UCCGCCCAGCCUGCGCACUGCGGAAGGGGGAGCGGGAGAAUUUAAUAAAUACGAUUUACCAAGGGAAGAGGGGGAGUGGGAGAAUUCUUGUUUCUUCGACGCCUCGUCGCCUCCGUCCUCCUGCCUUCCCCUCCUCCUCCAUAUGAUUUUCUUGUAUCAAGUGCGGGGAGAGGAAAUAAGUCUUCUUGUCUGGGUUUUAAGCAACUCACCAUCGGUGCGUUUGGUCCUGGUACAAGCUUCCAAUUGAAAAGGAGAAACGAUUCCACCUUGUGGAUUGAAGGUGUCUUUCAGCCUGUGUUCCGCAUAAGGAUUUGCUCAUAUACAGAAUCAAUUUUAACUAUAAGGACUGAGCCUGAUGCAGGAAAUCGAUGAACCUGCCACUUGAAAUCAAGCUAAUAUGAAUGCACUUCCUUGCAUCAUCUCACCGAUAUGCAGGUGUCAGGUUGGAUUUUUGUACUAUUAAAUGGACAGCAAGAAGUUUUUGCAGUUGGUUGAGGAGAAGAAAAAGAGAAUCCUGGAAAAGAAAGAAGCCCCCUUAAAAUGGGAACAGAGGCUUGAAGCUGCAGCCAAGGCAAAAGCCGAUGCCGAAGCAAAGGAGAGGAAGCUGAAGGCUACAAGGCACAAGAGGAAGGCUGACUCUUCAUCUGAUUAUGACAGUGAUUCUGAUGACAGUGAUGCUGACAGGAAGCUGAGGAAGAAGAAGACUUCCAAGAAACGCCGGAAACAUGGUCACUCUGACUCCUCAGAAGACAUUAGGAAACGUAGACACAGAUCAAAGAAAAGGAAUUCAAGCUCAAGUGCUGAGAAUAACAGUGAUGAAUAUGAAAGUGAGUCUGAUGAAGAUCGUUGGAGGAAGAGGCGUUCCCUAAAGAGGAGGCAUAGAAACCAUACACCGAGAACAGAUUCCAGCGGCUCAGGAUCAAGUAGUGAGGAUGAAGUGAGAGGUGUAAGAAAGGGCCACUCUAGGCACCAUAAGCGCCACCGCCGACCUAGUGAUGAUGACUCAGCAUCAGAGUCUGAACUGAUGGAAACUCAUUCAAAGCGGAAGUGCCACCAUAAGUCAAGUACUGAUGAUUCAGUGUCGGAUUCUGAUAAUCAGAGGCAUGAUGGGAGCCACUCCCCAGGGAAGUCAUCAGAUGACAACUGGGUGGAGACCAGGAAGCUAAAAGAUCACAAGAAGUCUCAUCACAAGCAUGGGCAUCAUCACCAUCACCGCUACCAUGACCAUCGGCACCGUGAUGAUCGUAAUUCACUGGAGUCAAAUGAAAAGCUUUCUCCUAAUGGAGGUAGCAGCUGAAAUUGGUCUGGUACCAACCAUCCUUCAUCAUUUUUGCUUGCGGAGUGAUUGGAUGCCUGGCUGUGAAGGAGUCCAGAACCUAUGCAUUCAAGGCAAGCAGGGGUUGAAAAGCUUUGAUUGAACUUGUGCAUGCAUAGUUUUGAUUGUUUUUGGAUCGUUGUUCUUGGUGCUCUGCAUGUCUGGAGCUUCUAUCGUUGUCACUAACUGAACUUUCAUGGUGUUGGAUGACUUGGUUCAAGUCGUGUUUUCUCUAGUUUUUAAAUUUGCUUGUGCUAGGCAGCUGUUAUCUUGAAUCAAUCAAUGGUCUCAAGUGCGUCAAGCAAAGCUAGUCAUGUUUCAAGCUGCACGUGUAAGCUACUGUUAGUGGCUUGUUGUUAGACAUAGUUGGUAGUUACCCUGUGGCUUAAAUGUGAAUUGGUGCUACACCGGUGAAGCCUAUACCAAACUUUUCUCAGAAGUUCUGAUGUUUUGAUUCAAGAUUCUUACAUAGGUUGGGAAAAUAUCGUGAAUAUACGUUUUCAUCUCGUCAA